ACGAGUGAACGAGGUGUUACUGUGUUAGGGCCGGAAAACAGAAGAGAUGGAAGCGGAGGAGGAGGAGGAAAGGAGGGAAGCAGCAAUAGCAGUAACGCCGGCUUUGCAACCUAAUUUCCAGUCUGCAAGCGUCACGAAAGAGCAGCUUGAUAAGUUCAAAGAGCUACAUAGGAGACGUUUACAAAUAAAAGCAAGAUCAAAAUUUCAUAACAAUUCAAAAGGACACUCAAGUGGGGCUGCAAAAGCCUAUGAACAGGAGCUUGACUCCAAAGAUAGUAGAGAUGAAGAUAUAGCAAUAACACUUGAAGAUUCCAGUGUUUCCAUGUCAGAGGGCAAUAAGAACAUUUCUUCACUCAAGAAAGGCAAAGUAGAAGCAUCUUCAACACCAAAGAAGCGCCAGAAAUUGCAUUGGGGGCUUGACACCAAGGAAAGAUGGGAAAGGAAAGCUAACAUGUAAUACAACCAUACGAGUGCAACUCGACACUUGAAAUUUUUCGGCUUUAGAAAGAUGUAUCCGGCAAGCACUGAGAGCUGAAAACCUUGGCAUUCCUUUGUGAUUUUAUUGGAAAUUAUGAUAAGAGUAAACAGAACUUUACAUACAAGAAAACUAGUUCCUAGAUGAACAAGGUCAUCUCAUCCAUCACAAGCAUGAGUUCCAGCAUUGCAACAAUGGAGAUCACUUCUAUCUGUGAGUCUUGAACCCUCAACUUUUGCAGUUAACUAGUGUUCAUCCUACUGGAGAAGAUUUGGGUACUCUUUUGGAUUCUUGGUAUGAUAUUCAACAUUGAAGAUGGCAAACUUUGAUUGGCUCGUUGGUGUGUUACUGAUGCAGUCUUUGCGGGUUCUCUUCUUAGCCAACUUCGGAAAACAGUGUGAGCUUCCAUUUGUCAGUCAUCGUGCCUACUUUGUGCAAUGUAUAGAGUUCUUGCAUGUCAAAGAUAUGAAACUCACGCACUGAAGGGCAUUCUCUAAACCAACUGUAGAAGUUGAUUACGUUGACGCUAUUGGAUUUUAUUUUGUUAAUUGAAUUUCAUUCAUACUGUGUACUCGAUUUCUCAUUGCUGAUGUCAA